AUGGAGCGCUUCCAGUCUGAGGAUGCCCUCUCAGAUGUGAGCCUUGGGGCUAGCCCGACCGUGGGAGCUGCACUCGCAUCCUCUGCAGAAAUCUUCAGAGACCUGCUCUCAGAUGAGAACUUGCUUGUGUUUGCCUGUAUUGCUGAUGGGUUUGGUUAUUGUCUCCCCUUCUUUCUAGCCGGGUUGCCCUUCCUCAUCAUUGAAACAAGCACAAUCCAGCCCUACCAGCGGGGCUUCUACUGCGACGAUGACAGCAUCAGGUACCCGGUGAAGAUGAUGGAAACUAUCAACGACGCAGUGCUGUGUGCUGCAGGCAUCCUCAUCGCCAUCCUCGCUAUUAUAACGGGAGAGCUCUACCGCAUCCACUACCUGAAGGAGAAGUCGCGCUCCUUUAUCCAGAAUCCCUAUGUGGCUGCUCUCUACAAGCAGGUGGGCUGCUUCGUUUUCGGCUGUGCCAUCAGCCAGUCCUUCACAGACAUUGCCAAAGUGUCCGUCGGGCGCUUGCGGCCACAUUUCCUGGAAGUUUGCGAUUUGGAUUUCUCCACCAUCAACUGUGCUAAGGGAGUUUACAUCCAGAACUACACCUGCAGGGGAAGCGACAGCAAGGUCCAGGAAGCCAGGAAAUCCUUCUUCUCCGGGCACGCAUCCUUCUCCCUCUACACCAUGCUGUAUUUGGUGUUUUAUCUGCAGGCCAGAUUCACGUGGAAGGGAGCCCGCCUGCUCCGUCCCCUCCUCCAGUUCACCCUCAUCAUGAUGGCGUUUUAUACCGGCCUGUCCCGUGUGUCGGACCACAAGCAUCACCCCACUGAUGUGCUGGCGGGCUUUGCACAGGGAGCCCUGGUGGCUUACUGUGUGGUGUUUUAUGUCUCGGAUCUCUUCAAGCCCAAGACAAAGACUUGCCUGCCUCCACCACCCAUCCGGAAGGAGAUCCUUUCACCUGUGGACAUCAUUGAGCGGAAUAACCAUCAUAACAUGGUGUAGACCUUUGAGAUAUCGGAUGGGUGUUAUAUUUUAUUUUAAUUUUUUUUUUUUG